AUUAUUUCAAUACUUUUUGCUUUUCAAACAAUUUGUAAACUUUUAAUACAAAAGUUUGUAAAUAUAUUGUAAUAGUUUAGUGGCAUUUGUGAGUCUGUAAUGAUUACACUGUAAUCGUAUGAAUAGUUUUCAACAUAAAGUUUUGCCCCAAAAUGUGUUGACACAAGUGUUAAGACGACUGAAGUGUGCGUUCAAUACAUAAACACUUUAUUUCAUAACUUUUAUAAUGGAUUUUGUGUUCAUUUGUUUGAUAACAAUGUCUGCAAUGCUUUCCAUUCACUUCUAUCGCAAACUAAUGCCACAAAUAAUGGCCAAAAAUGGCCACUUCUUCACGUGGUUUGCCAUCAAUAGACCUCAUGAGGCCAUUAGGCGACAAGUAUUCAGACAGCUGUCCACCGGUGAUGACAGCGGCGGCAGCGGUGGUAGCGAUCGGUCGACGACUGCCCGCAUAUACACCCGAACCGGAGAUAACGGCAGUUCUGGUCUCUUCGGAAGCGGCGAUCGGCGCCCGAAGAAUGAUAGCGUCUUCGAGGCGUUGGGAACCGCCGACGAGUUGUCGUCGAGUAUUGGUUUCGCGCGAGAGUUCGUCACAAUCGCUGCCAUCGACGAAGAGUUGGAGAGAAUUCAAUGCAUUUUACAAGAGUUACAGUCAAACAUAGCGACACCGAAGACCACAUCCAACCCAUCGUUGAUCGCGAAGACCCGAUGGAACCGAAACUAUUUGAUUGAUUUGGAGAGAGAUAUCGACUCUCACUCACAGUCGUUGCCGCCCCUCAAGAACUUUAUCCUUCCGUCUGGAGGGAAGGCGAGCGCAGCUCUCCAUAUGUCUCGAGCCAUCUGUCGAAGAGCUGAACGACAAUUAGUGCCCCUUUUGGACGAAGGACUGGAACUACCGGUUCUUCAAUACCUGAAUCGUUUGAGUUCUUACUUGUUUACAAUCGCCAGAGUCUGUGCUCUCAAUGACCGCAAACCGGAGACCAUUUACAGGAGACAACUGUCGGUCGAAGACUCGGAAGAUUCAUAAAAUGAACGCUUUAUUUGAUUGAUAACAAAACUAAUUGACAUUAUUUACAGACGAGAAAUACAUUUAAACAGUUUAUUUGUGAUAAUAUUUUUUGCUAUAGAAAUCAAAAUACUAAUUAUGUAGUGAUAUAUUAAAUGCAAUCACAGACACAACUAAU